GGCGCCGGAUGCAGACGUGCGGGCCGGGUUUUUCCGCUCUCUUUCUGUCGGUGAACAUUUUUGAGAGCAAAAGUAUAAAGGAUUUGAAAUCUAGCUUCGGUGAGUGACUCUAUUGUUAGAGUCGUUCGGUAAAUUUCGUUGCGCGGUUUACUUUUGGAUUUUUGGCGUUUCAACAAUUGAGUUGUUGUUGUUUUUUUUCUUGCGACUGUUAUGUGCUCGGUGGAUUUUGGUGAAGUGGUUGUGUGCAAGUUCCAAUUUUUCGAGGAUUACCGUUUAUGAAACCAACUUUUUUUUUGUAAGUGACAAACCGGUUACAGAAGCUGUGAAAAAGUGUGGAACACCGGCAAAGGAAUUUUCCGGAAUAUGAAAAAAAGGGAAAAAUGCUAAAUAGGUUCAAGUUUUCUAUUGUGAAUUGCACUCAACCUUUAAGCCGGUGAGUGGUUUUGUGUUUGAAGUGAACAAAACAAAAGAGAUUAUUCUCGGUUCCGACCUGGUUCAAGGAAGUAUGCGUCGUUGGUUGGAUGCGGUUGCGGUAAACAAUUUGUCGCUUAGCUUGAUGUAUUGUGCAGAGGAUUAGAGCUUUUCCAGGACUCGGCGGAUUGUGUGCUACACGACCUUGAGUAUCAACAGAUCAAACAAACAGCUGUCAGCCCGGACAACCCGACAGUAAUUGAAUCAAUUCCGGCCCAUAAUAACGAUCAAAGCACAAUGGAGCGGAAAACGCGCUCAAAUUAAUUCCUCGUAAUCUUGUCGAGUUCACCCGGUUGCCCAGCUGCCUUCCCGGUCCAUCCUUGCGCGGCGGAUGGACUCCGACUCUCUCAACUGCACGUCGAACAUCGGGUCGAGCCACAACUGGACCUGCUUCAUCGUCCACUAUGAGACGGACGCGACUCCGACAGCGCCGUCAUCCACCAACGCGACCGCCCUGGCCAUCUUGGCCAAUCUUAGCCGGGCCAAGUUCGAUGACUUUGAUACCGCUGUGGACGGGUACGACGGCACUCGGACGGUGGGCCUGGAUCCGGCCUACCAGCUCCGGUACGGACUGGUUGGGACGGUUUUGUUGAGCGUUGCCUACACGCUCGUGUUCAUCGUGGGCCUGCUCGGGAACUUUGCCGUGGUCAUCGUGGUCAAGAAAAGCACCAUGAUGCGGUCCCCGACGAACCGCUUCAUCGUGAAUCUGGCGUACGCUGAUUUAUUGGUUAAUUUUCUCUGCCUGCCGUUCACGCUGAUUGGCAAUCUCUACCCGGCCUGGAUCCUGGGGGUGUUCUUCUGCAAGACGGUCUCCUACCUGCAGGGCGUCUCGGUGUCCGCCUCGGUCAACACCCUGAUGGCCAUUUCGAUCGAGCGCUGCGUGGCCAUUUCGUUUCCCAUCUCGGGCACCAUCACGACCAGACAGUACCGCGUGAUAGUCACCAUCAUCUGGACCAUUGCCCUGGGUAUCAAUCUUCCGUGGUUGUUUGUGUUUACGCUCAAACCAAUUGGGAUUCCGGGCAGCAUAGCGCAGAUCUGCACCGAGCUGUGGCCCUCGCCGGCCUCCGAGAGCUGGUACUUUCUGUUCGCCAACCUGUUUCUGUGCUACCUGGGGCCGCUGAUUGUGAUAUCCGUCUGCUACGUAAUCAUCUGGAAAAACGUCGCCUACCGGAAGCUGCCCCGGGAUCUGAUCAUCAGCCGGAAAAGCGAGGUGUACAACCGGAGCAAAGUGAAGGUGGUGAAAAUGAUAUUUGUCGUCAUCGUUACUUUCAUCAUUUCUUGGCUACCGUUGUACGCGAUAUUCUGCUUCGUAAAGUUCGGAGGCGACCUGGUUUAUGACGAGUCAGUGCAAACCCUAAUCCUGGGUGUUCUCCCGGUGGCCCAGUGGCUAGGUGCGGCCAACUCCUGCAUCAACCCAAUCCUGUACGCCUUCAUGAACCGGAAGUUUCGGGCCGGCUUUUGGCACCUGUUUCGAACGUGUUGCGCCGGAGAGGAUGAUGAUUGGGUGCUGCCCACGACGGUGAUCCGUAGCGACGAGGCACGCGACCAGGUGCUGCGACGAAUACGUUCGGAAAAGCACUACGUCCGCAACGGGAACCAUCUCCACCACCAUGCCACCAUCAACAACGGCCAAAAGCCGGUCCAGUGUGGACCGAUGCGGUACUCGCAGUCUACCAAAGUGGUUUCAUUGAGUGAACUCACCUAGCAUUCGCGGUCCACUCUACAAACGAGUCCGUUUUAAUUAUGAGAAAUUUUUAGCCGAACUUUAAGAAAGGUCACACAUUUUCCCAUUACAUAACCUUAGCAUUAAGUCUCCCCCAAAAACCCGCAUAGCGUCACGUGUUAGGCAGCAUCAUAUAAGAAGCCUUACCGCAGAGCAGAGUGUUUGUAUCCAUUGUAGAGUUCGAAACAUCUGCAAGCGCAAACGCAGCAGUACAAACAAUAAAAUCAAGUAAAUAGUGUUUUUAAAGUAAAAUUAUCAUAUUAAAUUAUUCAUAUUUACAAACAUAUAAGCCGCAUUUGAUGCCAAAACACACAAUAGUGCGAUGUAGGGAACAUCAUUAAAAAAUAUCGUCUAUUUUCGUACCGUCUAUUUGUGAUAUUUUGCUCAGAACGAAGUAAAAAUUGUUGGUCUCAUCUUAGGGUAAAAUAAAAAAUAUAA